UACAUUAUAAUAUUAAUGACCAUAAAACACAUAUAAAAAUGCCUUAUGUUAAGAGCAUCAAGAAUUUGAAUUGUGCAUGCAUUAAUAUUUCUCCUCCCCCGCCAUCUUCAAGCAAUACUGCUCUCCCCCCACCGCCGCCUCCCAACCAGCAAACUUCCUGCCCACCUCCUCAACACACCACCGCACCGCCGCCGCCACCGGAAACACCUGCAUCUCCGCCAUAUUAUUUUCAUCCAUCGCCAAAGUCACAUCCCCCAUUAUAUCCUCCUCUAUUAGCUCCACCACCACCUAAUAAUUACUUCUCACCAGUUCCCAGUUCUCCGCCAUUUAAUGCUCUUGAAACAGGCGGCAUCGGCGGCGGCGGCAGCAACCACCACACCACCUUAAUCGCUGUUUGCGCUUCUUUAAGUGGCGCUUUCUUUCUCGCAUUCCUCUCUGUUGGCAUUCUUUUCUCAGCAAAGAAAAUAAUGAAAUUGCCUACUAACGUGAAUCCAAACCCUGCUCCACCAGCCGCCGGGACUCAGUCUCAAAGAGCUCCCGGCGCUGCCCCAAAAUAUACUUAUGCUCUUGAUCAAGAAACUACUGGCGGCAGCGGCAAAGAGACCGGUGGUAGAGUUGAUCAUGAAGCUAUUAAUACAAAGGGGAAGGGUAGUUUGCCUGAAGAAUUAACCGAACCAGCCAGAGGAAAAGAUCAUGGCGGCCGCCCAGCCUUGCCGGAAAAAGGUAACGGAGGUGACCAAGGUAAGACUACAUGGGCUGGUGAAGGUGACUUGUCUAAAGAACCUACUACUGAACCACCACCACAUGGAGGAGAAGAUGGCGGCUCAGCCCCGCCGGAAAAUGUUGAUGGAGGCGAUGGUGAUGAAGGUAUUACAGAUACAAAGGCUGCUGACGGAGAUCUGCCUGAAGGAGCUACUGAAGCAGACGGAGGAGAAGAUGGCGGCUCAGCCCCGCCGGAAAAUGUUGAUGGAGGCGAUGGUGACGAAGGUAUUACAGAUACAAAGGCUGCUGACGGAGAUCUGCCUGAAGGAGCUACUGAAGCAGACGGAGGAGAAGAUGGCGGCUCAGCCCCGCCGGAAAAUGUUGAUGGAGGCGAUGGUGACGAAGGUAUUACAGAUACAAAGGCUGCUGACGGAGAUCUGCCUGAAGGAGCUACUGAAGCAGACGGAGGAGAAGAUGGCGGCUCAGACGCCACAGAAAAGGUUGAUGGAGGGGAAGAGAACACUCGGGCGGAUAACCAAGUAAGAAAGGCGUUGAAGAUCGGAGGAAAGAAAAUCGCAGCAUUAACAGAAACAAAGGCCACUGGACGAGGACGAGGACGAGGACGAGGAUCACCCUCAACCUCAGCUAACAAUCAGAUGAUUGAGAAAACUGGAAUCACCAUGUUUGGGUUUGUCGACCAAGACAUUCUCUCUCCAACUAAUGAUCAUAAUCUUCAAGCCGGCGAAUCUUCGGAUACUCAUCCAACUGAUGAUCAGGUCGACGAAUCGAGCACUCCAACUGAUCAUCAUCAUCAGGUCGACGAAUCGAGCACUCCAACUGAUUAUCAGGAUAUUGAUAAUUCCAAUGCUGACAAUUCGAAAAACGAGGUUACGGAUGAACAGUUCCACUCGGACCUCACCGAGGGUUCGGGUGAUGCGAUGAGCCGAGUAUCGGAGCUCCAGCCACAAACACAAGGAGUUGGUCGGAAAAUAUUGGUGGCUGAUCAUCAGUCCCACAAAAAGAAAGCACAACAACACUCGAAAAACACAAAAGGAAAGAAAGUAGUGCCACACAUGCAGAAGUCGAAGUUCCCGAAAUCCAGUGAAUAUCAGGUCCCUCCUUCGGUGCAUUAUUACUACCAUGGCUUUGAUUCAUGUCUUAAACAGAUUUCGGCCCAUUUGGCGGCAAUUCUCGAUCGCGAUGCUGGACUAGACGAUUUGCCCCAACAGCCAAAUCAAGGAGAGGACGAGCAAGUUAAAGAAGAGGAAGCGCAAGAAAAAGAAGCAGAAGAGGAAGCGCAAGAAGAAGCAGAAAAAGAGGAAGAAGAAGAAGAGGAAGAGACCGAGAAUCCCACAUGAGUAUUUAAAUUUGGGCAAAGUACAAUUUACACCCCUGAACUAUAGGGGUUGUACCAGUUUGUCCACUUGAACUACAAAAUGUCUCAAAUGCCCCUCUCCAGUUUAUGGUCAACCGUUAAAUUUUUAACAUCUUUAUUCAGAAUGUGCAAUUACUUCUAUGCCUUUUGGGGUUUGCUGUAAGAAACUUAAUAAUUGUAUAAUUAGUGUGUGUUGUAUUUGUCGAUUUUGUUAUGAAAUUGUGAUUGAAGUGAACUUAGUGUUUACGUGAUUUCCUUAACUAUGUUUAAUUAUUGGGAAUUUCUUAUUUUAAGGAUUGAUUUUGUAAGUA